AUGGGAGCCACUGGUGACGGCAAUGCAAGGAGUGGGCCGGUAGGAGAGGGACCGUGGUAUUGCGUCCAGUGCCUGCAAGGUCGGCUGCAGGAGGCACUCCAUGGAACACAGAGGUGGUCGGACGAGGAGAGGGAGCGCGGGUUGCGGGCUGAGCAGGUCGAGGGUGACGGAGAAGCGGCCUGGGGCUUACCUGGAUCGGGUGUCAAACGAGUGACCAAUCGAGCAACGCUGUGGUAUGUGCCAUUGUCCGCGGAUAAUGUAAACAGCGUGGUCAACGUUCCUCCACUGCAGUAUUCAAGUCCAGAACAGGAAGAGGAAGGUCGUAAAAGAUAUGAAGCUCAGAAAUUGAACCGAAGUGAAUCCAAGCAAAGGAAUGGCACAAUAAUUUUCCCCACCAUUAAUGUGGACCGAAAAUCCAAAGAGCCAUGUACAGUGGGAUACAGUCAAUCUAGUCUAAUUCACCUUGUGGGCCCAUCUGACUGCACACUGCACAAUUUUCUUCAAGGAGGUGUCACGAUGAAGUUGAUGGAUGAAGUGGCUGGCAUUGUUGCAGCUCGCCAUUGCAAGACCAACAUCGUGACUGCAUCCGUGGAUGCCAUUAACUUCCACCAGAAGAUUGAGAAAGGGUCUGUGAUUAACGUGUCUGGCCGAAUGAUAUUUACCAGUAAUAAAUCUAUGGAGAUUGAAGUUGUUGUGGAUGUUGACCAUGUCUUGAAAAGUCCGCAAGAAUCAGCUCAUUCUGUCACGGCUUUCUUCACAUAUGUCUCCCUGGGCAAGGAUGGAACGGCACUUCCUAUCCCCACACUGAAGUUUGAAACAGAAGAUGAGAAGAAAAGGUUUGAAGAAGGAAGGGUGAGGUACCUCCAAGCCAAAGCCAGGCGGACAGCUGAAGCAACGAAGAAGUGCCAAUGAUGAUCAGAUAUUCAAUAGCCUGAGACAGCGACCAAGAGCCAACUCACCUACGCCACCAUAUUACUUAAAAGUAUCUUAAUCUUAAAUGUUAACCAAAGCACUGUUGUAUUUAAGAGGAACUAUGCAUUCCAUUCAAGUUUCUGUUUUUGUUGUUGCAUAUAUUAUAUUAUUGAAGUUUAUCAUUCUAGAAUAAAUACUGCCCGGCUUUGGCUUGUUGUGUCAA